GUCUGUCGACAUUUCACAUUUCCUUCCUCUCUCCCCCAUUCGUCUACGUUCAUUCCUUCUUCUCCCCAACUUUUUAAAUAAUAACUCUUUUCGUUCUUUUCGCUUUUCUCAAUUCUUUUCUCGUCAAUAAUCAAUCAAUCAACAACAACAACAACAACAACAACAACAACACGAUCAACAACAACAUCAACUAAAAGAUUAUAACUUUGAACCACAUCUUUCCUUUGACAUUCUGGGUCUUCAUCAAUUUUUACUACCUUUUGUCAUAAUUUUUUUUGGAUAGAUCAAUUCAGCAGAACUUUAUCGGUUGGUAACAAUGUCUUCACCAAGUAAGAGAAGAGAAAUGGAUGUUAUGAAGCUGAUGAUGAGUGAUUAUUCAGUGGAGACUAUAAAUGAUGGCCUCAAUGAGUUCAACAUCUUGUUCAAUGGUCCAAAAGAUAGUCUCUAUGAAGGCGGGGUGUGGAAGGUCCAUGUUGAGCUUCCAGAUGCCUAUCCUUAUAAGUCCCCUUCGAUUGGGUUUAUAAACAAAAUAUACCACCCAAAUGUUGAUGAACUGUCUGGUUCUGUGUGCUUGGAUGUGAUCAACCAAUCAUGGAGUCCUAUGUUUGAUUUAUUAAAUGUGUUUGAAGUCUUUCUUCCACAACUUCUGUUGUAUCCCAAUGCUUUAGAUCCUCUUAAUGGUGAUGCUGCUUCGCUAAUGAUGAAGGAUCGUCAACAGUAUGAACAAAAGGUCAAAGAAUAUUGUGAUCGCUACGCAAAGAAAGAAAACUUCAGCAUCCAAGGUGCUGAAGACGAAAGUGACGAGGAGGAGAUUAGUGAUGGGCAGUCGGAAUCUAGUGACGAUGAAAUCGCUGGACAUGCAGACCCGUAAAUUAGAAGUGAAGAAUACGGGGACGAAUACUAAGUUUGUUCAGUUGUUGUUUGUAUUAUCUUUUAGUUUAGGAUCAUAGUGAUAAAUUGCAUAAUUUAUGCCCCCAAGUUAUUUUUAGCAUACUCAUCAUAAACUUUACCUGUUUUAGUAUUGUAUGAAAGUAGUUUCAUAGAAAUUGGUGGACUUGAUCAUGUAUGGAAAUUAAAUGUAUGUGGACCUUUUCAAAAUCCUUGAAUGAAAUAUUUGAAGGAACUUUGUGAAUAACAAA